AUGGAGGAGAAUCGCAUAUUUUGCGUGAUCGUCGGCGCGGGCAUGACGGGCGUCGCUUUAGCUGACAGGAUCCUAGCCACUGGUACCCUCAGGAGGGAUGAGUUUGUUAUUCUCGACAAGAACCAUGACUUUGGCGGAGUAUGGGAAACAAACAUCUAUCCUGGUGUAGCCUGUGAUAUUCCGAGCCACGCCUACGUUAUGAAAACCCAUCUCAACCCUGGAUGGUCCAAGAAAUUUUCCGAAGGCCGUGAGAUUCAGCAGUAUUAUGCAAACUGGGCAGACAGCAAACGUCUACGCGAGAACACAGUUUUCGGCGUUGUGGUACACGAGGCACGGUGGAAUGAAGAUACCCUCCUCUGGGAGCUCCUAGUCGAAGACCGCAAAUCUGGGGCUAUGUCGAAGUGGAUUGCCAACGUUCUAUUCGACAAUGGAGGAGGCUUCUACCGUGCCAAGUUUGCCGACAUACCUGGCCGCGAGAAUUUCAAGGGCGAGCAAUGGCACACUGCACAUUGGCCGGCCGAUGCCGACCUGCGCGGGAAGCGCGUGGCUAUGAUCGGAACUGGGCCCAGCGCUGCUCAGGCUGGCCCGCGGAUCCAGCCAGAGGUACAGAAGCUCUAUAUGUACCAACGCAGUUGUGGACACGUUCUACCACGCGGCAACUAUGAGAUACCAUCCUGGGAGAAGGCCCUGUUCCGCUGGUUCUAUCCUAUACUGUGGCUCUACCACGUCUCCUGGCUCCUAUUUUUUGACAGAACCCGACGCAUGUGGAUGAGCGGGACAAAAGAGAAUCAGGCUUGCCAUGAAGCAUGCAUCAACUUUCUCGAGAGGGAAGUCAAGGACCCUGUCGUCAGAGAUAAGCUGCGACCGACAGUGGCAUUUGGCUGCAAACGUGUCUUGUUUCUUGACGACUGGUACUCUCUUUACAACAAACCAAAUGUCGAGCUUGUCACAGAGAAGCCACUACGCAUUACUGAACACGGCAUCGUUUCGAGGCUGCCUCACGCUCUAUCUGAUACGGAUCUCAUCGACCAGCCUGUGGGAGCUUAUCAGCAGAAGACAUCGGAAGCCGAUAUUGAAGAGGUCGAGAGAGAGGUGGAUGUGUUGAUCUGGGCGACUGGAUUUGAUAUGAACGAUUCAGGCGGUCAUUUUAGGAUCUAUGGCAAGAAUGGCAUGACGCUCUCGGAAACAUGGAAGGAUUACCCGCAGACAUACUGGGGAGUCGCUGUCACCGAGUUUCCUAACCUCUUCCUUACGCUUGGGCCUAACUCGGUCAACUAUUGGUCCAACAUCACAACUAUCUGCGAGUUUCAGAUCAACUAUCACUGCAAAAUUCUCAAGCAUAUCAGAAAGCAGGUAGAAACGUCACAGUAUGCCCUCUAUCCCAACCCUGAGGUACAGAAAAGCUUCAAUAAGUGGCUGGCGGACAACCGAACUACACCAGGCACUCCAACCUUUUUGGCAAGCAACUGCGCAACCUACCAUAAAACACCAUCGGGUGCGACACCGAUGUAUAACCAUUUGCGCAUCUGGGAUUCUUUUUGGAAAAUGCGGAAGGUUGACUGGAACGACUUUGUGGAAUUACGAAAGGCCAAACUAACCUCAAAGAAUCUGGAGCUAAACACAAGCGUCGCUUGA